GUUGCGCUGCAAAAUUGACGGCUCCUGGAGGCAAACAUGGAAAGCGUCCUGGCGAGAGUUGGUUUGACGGGUCUACUUCUAGUUGCACUACUCGGACAAGUCGUUUCUGCAGGUUAUCAAAAUAUUCGGUUAGCAGGUGGAUCUUCUAACAUAGAAGGUCGAGUGGAAGUGUUGGUUAACAAUGUGUGGGGCACCGUUUGUGAUGAUCUUUGGGAUAUCGUUGAUGCCAACGUUGUCUGCCGUCAACUAUUUUAUACAAAUGCUAAACAGACAUCAUAUUUUGGAGGAGGCAGUGGCCAGAUUUGGAUGAAUAAUGUGAAAUGUUCGGGAUCUGAAAUGACCCUGGCAGAAUGUCACUUCAGUGGUUGGGGAAUUCAUAAUUGCGAUCAUAGUGAAGAUGCAGGAGUUACUUGCCAAAGUGUUCGGUUGAUGGAAGGUUCCUCAGUCAAGGAUGGUCGUGUUGAGGUUCAUCACAAUAACUCUUGGGGAACCGUAUGUGAUGACAACUUCUCAAUAACAGAAGCAAAUGUGGUAUGUCAUCAGUUGGGCUAUGGCUCUGCAACAGACUACAAAUCUUCGGCUUACUUUGGAGAAGGCUCUGGAACUAUAUGGCUAGAUGAUGUGUCUUGUUCAAACUGGAAAAGUACGUUGCAAAGCUGUUCUCACAGAGGAUGGGGUAGUCACAAUUGUGGUCAUAGUGAGGACGUAGGAGUGAUGUGCAAUGAUGUAACUUUGGUUGGAGGAAGUACUCCAAGUGAGGGGAGAGUUGAAGUGUACAGGAAUGGGGGUUGGGGUACAGUAUGUGAUGAUGGUUGGAACAUGGCAGAUGCCAAUGUUGUAUGUCAUCAACUGGGAUUUCAAGGGGCAACAUCUGAUCCAUGUUGUGCUUAUUUUGGUGGAGGAAGUGGAUCAAUUCUUAUGGAUGAUGUUAACUGUGCUGGAGGGGAAACACACCUAUUUCACUGCUCGUUUACAAGCAGUCAUAACUGUGGCCAUUCUGAGGAUGCUGGUGUGAUGUGUUCAGAUAUUCGUCUUGUUGGCGGUUCUUCUCCGUGGGAAGGUAGAGUGGAAGUCUUCCAUGGUCAGUGGGGUACAGUAUGUGAUGACUUUUGGGAUAGUGUUGAUGCUCAAGUAGUUUGUCGUCAAUUGGGAGCAACUGCAUUUGGUGUACGAGGGCAGGCAUAUUUUGCAGUAGGAGGAGGACCUAUAUGGUUGGAUGGAGUGAGUUGUACUGGUUCAGAGAGCCAGCUUGCCUUUUGUUCUCACGGAGGAUGGGGAUCUCAUAACUGUGACCAUUCAGAAGAUGCAGGCGUUAUUUGUCAUGACAUUACGUUGGUCGGUGGUUCAACAUGGUACGAAGGCAGAGUCGAGGUUUAUUACAACAAUCAGUGGGGUACUAUUUGUGACAAUUCGUGGGACAUCAAUGAUGCACAUGUUGCUUGCAAGCAGCUGGGAUAUCCUGCUGCAGUGGCAUUCAAACAGCAAGCUUACUUUGGUCAAGGCAUCAACACAAUCUGGUUUAGUGAAGUUUCUUGCUCUGGGUAUGAAACGAGUAUUCUGUCUUGUUCAGCCAAACACUGGGCAUCAGCCAAAUGCAACCACAAGCAAGAUGCGGGUGUAGUAUGUCAAAGUGUGAGACUGGAGGGAGGAACGUAUGACAACGAAGGUAGGGUAGAGAUUUUUGUAAAUGGACAAUGGGGCACUGUAUGUGAUGAUGGCUGGACUAUUACCAACUCAGAUGUUGUGUGUCGCGAACUUGGAUUUAUUGGAGCUAUAACGUAUUACACUGGGGCAUACUUUGGUUCUGGAAAUGCAAAAAUUCUGAUGGAUGAUGUUGACUGCAGUGGAAACGAAGGUCGUUUGCGUGACUGUCACUUUGCAGGUUGGAAUCAGCAUAACUGUGAUCGUAGUGAAGUUGUUGGCAUAGCCUGUGGAGGCAUUCGUUUGGCUGGUGGUUCAUCUCCUAAUGAGGGUCGUGUUGAAGUGUUUCAUGAAGGUGUGUGGGGAACUGUAUGUGACGACAGUUGGGGUGUUCAAGCUGCUGACAUUGUGUGCUCUCAACUUGGGUUUUCUUUUGCUAUUGAAGCAAAGUUUUCUGCAUAUUUUGGUGAAGGAUUGGGACCAAUCUGGCUCGAUAAUGUCCAGUGUUCUUCAGCAGAUACGAGACUAGAAACAUGCUCUCAUAACGGUUGGGGAAAUCAUAACUGUGGUCAUGCAGAAGAUGCUGGUGUCAUAUGCACUGAUAUCAGACUGGUUGGUGGAUCGUCUCUCAAUGAAGGUCGUGUUGAGAUGUAUCAAAGUGGAAGUUGGGGAACAAUUUGUGAUGAAGGUUGGGAUAAGGAAGAUGCUGAUGUGGUAUGUUGGCAACUAGGAUAUCCAGAUGCCGUAUCACAUAAAAGACUGGCAGAGUUUGGCCUAGGGUCGGGCCUUAUUGUCAUCACUAACGUUGAUUGCAGUGGAAAUGAAAACAAUCUUCACGAUUGUAUGUAUAGUACACAGACAACUGGCUGCAGUCACUCUGAAGAUGCAGGAGUUAUAUGUCGCACUAUUCGUCUUGUGAAUGGUACAUCCUCUCAUUCUGGCAGAGUGGAAGUGUUCCACAAUGGACAAUGGGGAAGUGUAUGUGAUGAUGGUUUGGACAUGAAUGAUGCCGCUGUGAUUUGUCGGCAGUUGGGGAUGAACUCUCCUUCUGCAUAUUACACAGCUGGGUAUUAUGGAAUUGGGACAGGACCAGUUUGGCUUAGCAACUUGAAUUGUUUGGGAUCAGAGACAAAUCUUGAAAGUUGCUCACACAACCCUUGGGGGUUACAGACAUGUUCACAUGAAGAAGAUUCAGGAGUGGAUUGCUCUGCAGGCUGUCAGCCUCUUCCAUCACCUCCACAUGCUGUGAUGUGUCGUGCUCUUACUUCUCCUAAUAAUGGACAACUGUCUUCCACAGCAACAACAUGUGGAACAACUUUGACUUUUUCAUGUAAUUUGUGUUAUCGUUUGGUGGGCUCAGCUUUACUUACUUGUGAAUCAUCAGGAAAUUGGAAUGGAAUGGAGCCGACUUGCAGUUUGGUUUACUGUCCAUCUCUUCCGAUACCAGUUGGUGGCAGGAUAUCUUCAACAUCUAAUCAAUGUGGAGUUACUGCAUCAUUUACAUGUGAUUCAUGUUACAGACUAAGUGGUUUGUUUUCACGCACAUGCCAGUCGAAUGGCAGCUGGAGUGGCUCACAGCCAAUGUGCAAUCGUAUAGUUUGCUCUACAUUGAGUGUUCCUGCUAAUGGGGUUAUAUCUUCUACCUCAAGGAGUUGUGGUACAACAGUGACGUUUUAUUGCAAUUCUUGUUAUCGUUUGAUUGGGCCAUCUACUCGUUUGUGCCAAUCCAAUGGAAUAUGGUCAAACUCUCAGCCGUCUUGUUCUUUGACGUCAUGUCCAACAUUGUCAGCUCCUACAAAUGGUCAUAUUGUCUUAUCAUCUCAAACGUGUGGCUCAACUGUUACAUUUGCAUGUAAUGUGGGCUAUUUUCUGGUUGGUUCAUCUUCUCGUGUCUGCCAGUCAAAUGGUGUGUGGUCUGGCCAGCAGGCAAUGUGUUCAGAUUUGCUGUGUCCAAUACUGAGCAGUCCCAAUCAUGGAACUAAGUCCACAAAUUACAGGUUAUUGGGUACUGUUGUGCACUUUGCGUGCAGUGUGGGAUACAAUCUCUCAGGCGAUCCAUCUACUACCUGCACUUGCGUUAAUUGUGGCUCUACAGGAACAUGGAGCAAUGAAGCGCCUACUUGCACAAUUUUAAGUUGUAAGCCAUGGCCACUUUUACCUCCUCGACAUGGAAUUGUGUCUGCUAGCGGCAACACUUUUGGAUCAGUUGCUACAUAUGCAUGUACCAGCAGUUACACAAUGGCAGGAUCAUCAAGUAGAGUGUGCCAAAGUAAUGGUCAGUGGAGUGGAAGCCCCCCUACCUGUGGCAGUUUUGAUUGUAGUCUUCUUCCUGGUCCUCACAACGGAGCUCGCUUAGGGUCAUCUACUUCAUUUGGCUCUACUUUAAGAUUUAUCUGUAACACAGGAUAUAUUCUGAGUGGGUCACCAACUCGAACUUGUCUUGAGAGUGGUUGGUCGGGCCAUCAACCAGUCUGCAUUCUUGUAUACUGUGGUGAAUUGCAGCAACCAGCUAAUGGUAUAAAGCACGGUACACUGGCUACUUAUGGUGCUACAGUUGUGUUUUCAUGCAAUCUUGGUUAUCAUUUGUUGGGCUCUUCUUCUCGAGUUUGCCAAGAGAAUGGAACAUGGACUGGAAAUCAACCAGUCUGCCAAAUUGUAAAUUGUGGGUCUUUAAAUGCACCAGAAAAUGGGGCCAAGAGUAGUUCCUCUAGUACAUAUGGUGCUACUGUGUCUUUCUCCUGCAAUGUGGGCUUCAUCUUGCACGGGUCAUCUUCUCGAAGCUGCAAUGCUGAUGGAUCUUGGAGUGGAACCACAACAACAUGCUUUGUUGUUACUUGUUCUCAACUUGCUGCACCGACAAAUGGGGCAAUGGUCACUUCUUCAAACACAUACAAUUCUACAGCUGUGUUCUCGUGUUCAACUGGCUAUGUCAUAUCUGGGAGUUCAUUGAGAAUAUGCCAGAGUAAUGGAGAUUGGAGUGGAGUUCCGCCGUUGUGCAAUGUGAUCAACUGUGGGUCUCUUGCAACUCCUUCUAAUGGAGGUCAAGCUGGAAGCUCUACUACAUACAGAUCAACUGUCAGAUUUACCUGCCACAUUGGAUAUAAUCUUACUGGCUCUUCUUCACGAAUCUGUCAAGCCGAUGCAUCAUGGAGUGGGAGACAACCUUUGUGCUUACCUGUGGACUGUGGGAGCUUGAGUUCUUCUUUAAACUUAAUUAUCCAAAAAGAACCAUCAUCUUCUUUUGGCUCAGUUGUUACCUUUCGGUGUCAAGCUGGUUACACACUUGUUGGAAAUUCAGCUCGGUUGUGUCAAGCUAAUGGCACAUGGACUGGUACGCAGCCAUCCUGUGAAUCUAAGAUUUGUGGUCAAUUACCUACUCCUCUUAAUGGACUUAUUUUAAGAAGCUAUGGAACAACAUAUGGUAGUAAUGUGCAUUUCAGUUGCAAUAUAGGUUAUAACAUGACAUCAGGCAACAGACAACGAUCUUGCAUUCUUUCAUCUAAUGGAGCAGUUCUGUGGAGUGGAACACAGCCUGUGUGCCAAAGUGUAGACUGUGGUGAUCUUCAUUCUCCACACAAUGGAGCAAAAAUAGGAACUGCAACAACCUCUUUGGCUACAGUUACAUUUACGUGCAAGCCAGGAUAUUUAAUGAUAGGAUCUUCAUCUCGUACAUGUCAAGUUGAUGGUUCAUGGAGUGGUCAACAACCUAUUUGUGAUGAGAAGAAAUGUGGACCACUGUCUGUACCUUCUAAUGGCAGAGUUGUUCAUGGUUUUGGGAACUCAUAUGGUGCAAUAGUUACCUUUGCUUGUAAUAUCGGUUACACGCAGCUAUCCGGCAGCAGUAGUCGUUCUUGUGUUCUUGCACAUGGAGACUCAGUCACAUGGAAUGGAACUCAAUUUGUCUGCAUUAUUGAUGACUGUGGAGAUGUAGUUGUUCCAAUUCAUGGAACAAAAAUGGGUAACAGCACUACUUAUGGUGCCACACUGGAGUUCAAGUGUGAUGUAGGCUAUCAACUAUGGGGUAGUGAGGUGCGCAUUUGCCAAGCAGGAGGAAUAUGGAGUGGCUCUCAGCCUAUCUGUUUGCUACAAAUUUGUCAUCCUCAUGCUCCUCCAUUGAAUGGACGAGUUUACGGAGGCAGCAAUGUUUAUGGAUCAACUUUGAUAUUUGUUUGCAAUGUGGGUUAUAGUCUUACAGCUGGAUCUAGGCAACGUACUUGCUCUAAAAGGAGAGAUGGUUCUAUGUACUGGACUGGGUCUGAACCAUUAUGUACAAUUGUUGACUGUGGUCAACCACAGAUGCCUUCAAAUGGUCAUGUGAGCAGUUUCAUGACAACCUAUGGCUCCAUAGUAAACUUCACUUGUUCUGGUGGUUACAAUGUGAUUGGUUUGACGUCAAGGACUUGUGAAGCAAAUGGCCAUUGGAGUGGACAGCAACCCAAGUGUCAAAUUGUGGAUUGUGGUUCCUUGUCUGCACCAGAAAAUGGCCUAAUAAAUGAACAGGCAACAACAUUUGGUUCAAUUGUUACAUUCAGCUGUGCAACUGGAUACAGACUUUUUGGGUCAAUAACUAGGAGUUGUUUGGCAGACGGUACUUGGACAGGACGCCAACCUGCUUGUGAACCGAUUGAGUGUGAUCCACCAGCAUUCUUUGUCAAUGGCAAAAUAAUUGGCAAUGGAACUGCAUAUGGAUUCAACUUGUCAUUUUUAUGUGAUGCUGGUCACAUUCUCGUUGGUUCAGCAGUGCGUACAUGUCAAAGUGAUGGACAAUGGAGUGGGAUUGAGCCUGUUUGUGACGUGAGGUACUGCGAAGAUCCUGGCAUACCUCUCAAUGGUACGCGAGACUCGAGUGACUUUCUUUAUGGUAGCAUCAUUAGGUUUUCUUGCUGGAAUGGACUAAGGCUUGUUGGCAAUGACAGAAUACAAUGCGUUGAAAUCACAAGAGACCCAGUGACCGUAGCAUGGAAUCAUCCAACUCCAACAUGUGACAUUUUGCCUGUUGUGAUACUCUAUAUUGGAGUGCAAACAAGCAGUGAUGGUCUAUCCAAUGUACUUUUGUCUCCACCUAUUGAAAGAACAAAUGAAUCUAUCUCGAUUGGAUGUACUGUGAAGGAAAGUCGUCCAACCUCUGUUCUAUUGUGGACAAGAGAUGGUGUACCUAUUCAUGAGUCAUCGGCUGAGUCUGUUUAUCAGAAUGCACAGCAAACGUCUAGUGAUGGAUUGGAAUACAGACUGUUGUCGGUGAAGCAAUUUGGUUCAAAUGAAGAGGGAAACUACACGUGUAUGGCUAGCAAUCGUGCUGGCAAUGGCUCAACAACAAUAAGUCUAAUCUUGCAAGUGACUCCCAGUAGACCAGACCCUCCAGUUGCCUUUCCAUUAAAUGAAACCUCAAUACAAGUUGGCUGGACAGUUCCAUUGUCUGAUGGUCACAGUCCCAUUCUGUCUUAUCAACUGAGAUAUAGAAGUACUGCAGGACAGUGGAUCAAUGAAACAAGAACUGUUUCUUCAGAGCGACAAUUGACAAUUUUUCAGAAUCUUGUGCCAUUUACCAGCUAUGAAUUUCAGGCUUGUGCAAGAAAUGAAAUUGGUACUAGUCCUUACAGUCAUUCAUCUAUUCCUGUCACUACCAGCGAGGCAGCUCCAUCUGCUCCAAAGUGUAUAUCAUCAAAGCCUAUUAGUUCUCAAGCAUUACAAGUGGUCUGGUGUGACCCUGCCUCUACCAAUGGUGUGAUCAGAGGAUAUCGGGUGACAUGGUUGGACAUAGUCUUUGGUGACGGAGUGAGCAUUUCUGUGGACUUGAGUGAAGAUGUACUUCAGUACAACGUGACAGGCUUGAGACCAUAUCGAUUAUAUGAAAUUUAUGCUCAAGCUAAAACAGAGCGAGAGAAUGGACUUGAACUUUGGGGUCCUGCAUCUGAUAUCAUCUUAUCAAGAACCCUACCUUCCAGACCGUCUUCUUCUCCUUUAGAAAUAACUGGAAGAGCCAUUAGGUCUACGUCAGUUUUUAUGUCAUGGAAGCCACCGCCUGCAUAUGAUUUUAAUGGAAUUGCAUUGGGUUAUACGGUCUACUUUGGAAUCGCUGGACAAUCAUUAACAAAUGGUUCUGUUUCUGUCAUGAGCAAGACAACUAACAGCACAGUAGACAAUUUGGAACCUCACACUGCUUACACAUUUGUUGUGAAAUUACAGAACAGUGCAGGAUACAGUGAUCCGAGCGACAGCAUUACAAUCAAGACAGGAGAAGCUGCUCCCAUUGCUGCUCCAAGAGCAAUCACUGGUGUUGCCAUAAGUCCAAAUGCUAUUUUCUUGCAAUGGUCUCGUCUUUCGUCGCAUCAGCUACGUGGUAUAUUGACAGGAUACGAUAUCUACGUGUAUGAUUCUGCUCAAAGAGCCAGAAGAAGGCAGCUAAUAAUUGAAGACAAGGAGGCGGUUAAUGUCACGGUGACCAGUCUUGCUCCCUAUACUGAGUAUGAAGUUACUGUUUCUGCACGGACUGGUGGAGGGACCGGCCCGAGGGGUCCUUCACCUCCUCUGCUGAUUACAACUCAACAAGAUGUACCUGGAAUUCCUGAGUCUGUGCAUGCUAUUGCUUUGUCUGCCAAUCGAAUUCGAAUUGAUUGGUCACCACCGGUUGAUUCAAAUGGCAUCAUAACUGGCUACUCUGUAGCAUACAGCAAUUCGUCUUUCUCAGGAGUCGUCAACAUCACUAGCCUUACUAAUCAAUGGACCACAUUGGACAACCUCAACGAAUUCACCCUCUAUAGCAUCACUGUUUGUUGCCGUACUAGUGCAGGUGUAGGCUUGCCUUCACCUACAAUACAAAUUAAGACGUUUCAAGCCGAGCCCAGUGAACCACCAGUUUCAGUUACUGCAUUCAGUACGUCUUAUUCGUCUCUAGACAUUUCUUGGCUACCUCCACCUCUUUCAUCUCAAAAUGGCAUUCUAAUCAUGUACAAUAUCUAUUGCAACAAGUCUGAGUUUGGCGAGUGGGAAAGCUUAUUCAACAUAACAGCAUCUAAGAUGCAGUAUGUGCUGCUGAAUUUGAAUGCAUACGUCGAGUAUAGCGUGAGAGUUCGAGCUGUCACCGCAGCAGGUGCAGGCCCAUUCAGUGAGGCAAUCUAUGCCAGAACUCUAUCAGCUCCUAGUCGUCCUCCGACCAUUGUAGAUGUUGUAAGCAUGAGUUCGACGUCAGUUUGGGUGUCUUGGUUGACUCCUCACUUGCAAUAUAUCAAUGGUAAAUUCGUGCGUUAUGAAGUUGGAUUCAGAACAGUGGAUGACACAGAAGGGACUGCACAUGUUGACUUCCAACUUGUAUAUGUUAGUCCUCUGGAGGAAUCAAAUGUAAACGUGACGGAACUACAGAAGUAUCAGAGCUACCAAUUUGCCAUUCGAAUCGUCAACUACGAUACAACAAGAAAUCAGCAUCUGAACAGUGUUUGGUCGGACAUUGUAACAAUAGUCACAGACGAAGAUGUUCCUGAUGCUCCAACCAACUUCUCUGUAUCUACCGUAUCAUCUACUAGUGCAUUCUUUACAUGGGAACCUCCACUGGAAACGAAUGGUAUAUUAACUGGAUAUUAUCUGCAGACAGUCUUGGCAGCAUACAAGCAAACUGAGAAUACCGACAUGUUCUCAUUGUUUAUGCGUUUUCCUGCCAACAAUACACUUCAGUUUUCGUCUAUCACAUCUUUUGCAAACUUGUCCGGACUUCAUCCAUUCAGUCAGUACAAAAUUCAAUUGCAAGCUGCUACAAGGAAAGGUCAUGGUACUGCAUCCAUUCUUGUCAUUGAUACCAAGCCUUCAGAGCCUGCUGUAUCUGCUCGAAAUGUUAAAGCCACGUCUUAUCAAUCAGCUGGUGGUGUUGGCGUCAACUUGUCAUGGAUUCCUCCUCGUCUGAUUAAUCGAAAUUCAAUCAUUACUCAUUACCGGAUUAUGUACAUUCCUGUGCUUCUUGGCAGUUAUCCUCAACCUGGUUUCGUUACCUUCGGAGAUCUCACAACAAACACAGGACAGGAAGAAGCACGGCAUGUCGAAUAUGUUGGAAUGAAGGGCGAUCGUUCAUACUACUUUUCUCUCAGUGCUUGCACUAAUUCAAUCAGUUUAGAUAGUUGUGGACCUGAAGAGAAAGUAUCUGUUCACACACUGGAAUCAGAACCGGAAUCUGCCCCUCAAAUUCGUGAUGUUGUGCCUAUAUCUAACUCGACAGCUCUUGUCACUUGGAACUUGCCCCCAAGAAAUAUGACAAAUGGGAAGGUUACUGUGGUGAAAGUGUACAUAUUGUAUGAGAGAGGAAACAAAGGAGAAAUAUCUGUCACAGAGGAGUACACAGUCACUCCAAGCUCUGAUAGUUUAUUCAUCUCUAAUCUUCAACCAGGCCGUCAGCUUGAUGUAAGAAUGCAGAUCUCUAAUCGUGCUGGUGCUGGUCCUCUCAGUGUACCUUUCCAGUUCACAACAGCUAUGAAAUUGUGUGGGAAUGAGCAAAACUGCUCGAAUAACACACAAUGUCGUCGAUCUGCCAAGGGAAUCAACACUUGUGUUCGCGUCUCAAUGGAGUCAGAUGCCCAUACAUUGACUAGAGUCACUCAUGGGGAAAGCAACUGGAUGAAGUACAUUGUGGGUGGUGUCUCUCUUGCUGUGGUUUGUAUUGUUGUCAUUGGAGCUAUUAUAUAUCGACUGAAAUGUCAUGGAAGAUAUCAGACAAAACCAUCAGACGACGUUGGGAUCGAUGCAUUAGGUCAGUCUCCGUCUACAUCUGACAUUAGUGACUGCAGAGAUCAGCAAGCUAGAUUCGGUGGAGUGUCAAACCCUGUCUAUAUGGAUGAAGACAAUUGUGAGAUUGAGACAAAGAUAGACGAUGUUGAUUUUGAAAUCUAACAUCACGUUUGUGCAAAGUCUGUCAUUGUUGUUUGCAUUUGUUCAACUGUUUGUUUUUGUUUGUUUGCUGCUCUAGUGCUUGCUUAGAGACAAACAUAUGCUGCUGUCUUGCUUCUGUCAGCAGUUAUGACUUGCACUUUUAGUUAGGGAAAAAGUAUUUAACUUGAUUGAUUGCAUAAGUGACAAUGUAGCUAGAAACUCAA